AUGGACUACAACCUCUAUGGGAAAGGGAAAGGCUUCCGGCUGUCCUACAUCACUGGUAAAGCAGAGGUCUCCAGCUGUGACGUGGACCAGUUCCACUGCUCCAACGGGAAGUGCGUCCCAGAUCGGUGGCGCUGUAACUCCAUGGACGAGUGUGGAGACAACUCUGACGAGGAUCUGUGCGCCGAGUCUCCCUUCUCCUUCCAGCCCUGCAGUCUGAACCAGUUCCCCUGCCUGUCCCGCUACACCCGGAUCUACACCUGUCUGCCCCACAGCCUGAGGUGUGACGGCAGCAUCGACUGCCAGGACCUCGGGGAUGAAAUCGACUGUGACGUUCCCACUUGUGGAGAGUGGUUGAGGAACUUCUACGGCUCCUUCAGCUCUCCAAACUACCCCGACUUUUACCCUCCAGGAAGUAACUGCACGUGGCUGAUCAACACGGGAGACCACAGGAAGGUGGUCCUGAGGUUUACUGACUUCAAACUGGACGGGACGGGUUACGGCGACUACGUCAAGGUGUACGACGGCCUGGAGGAGAACCCUCGCCGCCUCCUCAGGGUGCUGACCGCCUUCGACUCCAGAGCGCCGGUCGCUGUGGUUUCAUCCUCCGGUCAGCUGCGAGUUCACUUCUACGCCGACAAGGUCAACGCGGCCAGAGGCUUCAACGUCACCUACCAGGUGGACGGGUUCUGCCUUCCGUGGGAGGUCCCUUGUGGCGGUAACUGGGGCUGUUACACGGAGCAGCAGCGCUGUGACGGGUACUGGCAUUGCCCCAACGGCCGGGAUGAGCUCAACUGUUCCACGUGUCAGGAGGAGGAGUUUCCCUGUUCCAGAAACGGCGCCUGUUACCCCCGAUCGGACCGCUGCAACUAUCAGAACCGCUGCCCCAACGGUUCUGACGAGAAGAACUGCUUCUUCUGCCAGCCCGGAAACUUCCACUGCAAGAACAACCGCUGCGUGUUUGAGUCGUGGGUGUGCGACGCUCAGGACGACUGCGGCGACGGCAGCGACGAGGAGAGCUGUCCCGUCAUCGUUCCCACGCGGGUCAUCACCGCCGCCGUCAUCGGCAGCCUCAUCUGUGGCCUCCUAUUGGUCAUCGCCCUCGGCUGCACCUGCAAGCUCUACUCGCUGCGCAUGUUUGAACGCAGGUCAUUUGAGACCCAGCUGUCCAGAGUGGAAGCAGAGUUGCUUCGGAGGGAAGCCCCGCCCUCCUAUGGUCAGCUGAUCGCCCAGGGUCUGAUCCCGCCGGUGGAGGACUUCCCAGUGUGCUCUGGGAGCCAGGCCUCCGUCCUGGAGAACCUCCGCCUGGCUGUGCGCUCUCAGCUCGGCUUCACCUCCCUGAGACUGCCUUCCUCUGGCCAUCGCAGCAGCCUGUGGCACCGCCUCUUCCCCUUCUCGCGGUCACGGCGGUCCGGUUCUUUGGCGCUGGUCUCUGCUGACCUGGAGGACGGCACCGUGAGCUCAGACCUGCCGUCUCCGGACUCGGACGAUCCGGACGCAGAGGGCGAGCGAGGCUUGGGCGCGGCGGGCGGGCCGGUCGCGCCCCUUCCCCAAAAGACACCUCCCUCCGCCGCGGUGGAAGCCGUCGUGUUUGUGACGACUUCCGUGACCCCGACGCCCACCUGUAGGCAAGGUCUUGAUCGGCUCAGAGAGAACCCGGCCGCAUCAAGCCCCGCCCCCGUGGUAACUCCCAGUCCAGAUCCUGAAAGUCACAGCUAUGCCUCAGAGUUCCGAGCUCCGCCCACCUCUGCCCUGCAGCGACUGGCCCAGAACUUGCACCGCCUCGCCAGGAACUUGACCAGAACCAGCCUGAACUGGCAGGACCAGAACUGGACCAAUCACAGUCCACUUCACCACCUGGAGACGGGUAUCGGUGGGUCGGAGGCCGGAGAGCAGCGAGACAACGGAGAAGAAGAAGAAGAAGACGUGGAGCUCCUGAUCCCAGCCUCCGAUUUCGACUCCUCCUCCCCGCCGGUCCCCGACAUCCGGCAGACGCUGCUAGAACGGUACCCUGCUUCUACCACAGGCCACGCCCCCCGCCACAAUCGCGGAAACGGGGGAGGGCGGGACGGCCCCUGUGAACACUGUGGGAUGGUCCACACGGCUCGGAUCCCCGACGCCUGCCUGGAGGCCACGAGCAAAACGGAGAGCAGCGACGACGAGCUGCUGCUGCUGUGCUAACGAGCUAGCUGACUGCUACGAUACACAUAGCAAGCUAACGAGCUAGCUGACUGCUACGACACACACAGCAAGCUAACGAGCUAGCUGACUGCUACGACACACACAUCAAGCUAACGAGCUAGCUGACUGCUACGACACACACAGCAAGCUAAUGAGCUAGCUGACUGCUACGACACACACAGCAAGCUAACGAGCUAGCUGACUGCUACGACACACAUAGCAAGCUAACGAGCUAACUGACUGCUACGACACACACAGCAAGCUAACGAGCUAGCUGACUGCUACGACACACACAGCAAGCUAAUGAGCUAGCUGACUGCUACGACACACACAGCAAGCUAACGAGCUAGCUGACUGCUACGACACACACAGCAAGCUAACGAGCUAACUGACUGGUACGACACACACAGCAAGCUAACGAGCUAACUGACUGGUACGACACACACAGCAAGCUAACGAGCUAACUGACUGGUACGACACACACAGCAAGCUAACGAGCUAGCUGACUGCUACGACACACACAGCAAGCUAACGAGCUAGCUGACUGCUACGACACACACAGCAAGCUAACGAGCUAGCUGACUGCUAUGACACACACAGCAAGCUAACGAGCUAACUGACUGCUACGAUACACACAGCAAGCUAACGAGCUAACUGACUGCUACGACACACACAGCAAGCUAACGAGCUAACUGACUGGUACCACACACAGCAAGCUAACGAGCUAACUGACUGGUACUACACAUACAGUUAGCUAACAUGCUAACUAACUGGUACUACACAUACAGCAAGCUAACAAGCUAACUUACUGGUAUUACACAUACAGUUAGCUCACGAGCUAACUGACUGGUAUUACACAUACAGUUUGCUAACGAGCUAACUGACUGGUACUACACAUACAGCAAGCUAACGAGCUAACUGACUGGUACUACACAUACAGUUAGCUAACGAGCUAACUGACUGGUAUGACACAUGCAGUUAGCUAACAAAAGCUGCUCUGUUAACUGACAGACUGGUACUACACAUUCUACCUUGAUACAACACCUACAGUUAGCUAGUUAAUUAACAUACAGCAGAAAGAAAUUGCUUAGAAUAUUGGAAGAUUUGUGCUCCGUACAUUCCACCCAAAUGUAAAAUGCCACACCGUGAGCUAGACAGUACGAGGCCUCGUGGGCUCUUCAUGAAGGUUAUGAUGUCUCUCCAUGGACAGUACGAGGCCUCGUGGGCUCUUCAUGAAGGUUAUGAUGUCUCCAUGGACAGUACGAGGCCUCGUGGGCUCUUCAUGAAGGUUAUGAUGUCUCCAUGGACAGUACGAGGCCUCGUGGGCUCUUCAUGAAGGUUAUGAUGUCUCCAUGGACAGUACGAGGCCUCGUGGGCUCCUCAUGAAGGUUAUGAUGUCUCCAUGGACAGUACGAGGCCUCGUGGGCUCUUCAUGAAGGUUAUGAUGUCUCCAUGGACAGCACGAGGCCUCGUGGGCUCUUCAUGAAGGUUAUGAUGUCUCCAUGGACAGUACGAGGCCUCGUGGGCUCUUCAUGAAGGUUAUGAUGUCUCCAUGGACAGUACGAGGCCUCGUGGGCUCUUCAUGAAGGUUAUGAUGUCUCCAUGGACAGUACGAGGCCUCGUGGGCUCUUCAUGAAGGUUAUGAUGUCUCCAUGGACAGUACGAGGCCUCGUGGGCUCUUCAUGAAGGUUAUGAUGUCUCCAUGGACAGUACGAGGCCUCGUGGGCUCUUCAUGAAGGUUAUGAUGUCUCCAUGGACAGUACGAGGCCUCGUGGGCUCUUCAUGAAGGUUAUGAUGUCUCCAUGGACAGUUCGAGGCCUCGUGGGCUCUUCAUGAAGGUUAUGAUGUCUCCAUGGACAGUACGAGGCCUCGUGGGCUCUUCAUGGAGGUUAUGAUGUCUCCAUGGACAGUACGAGGCCUCGUGGGCUCUUCAUGAAGGUUAUGAUGUCUCCAUGGACAGUACGAGGCCUCGUGGGCUCUUCAUGAAGGUUAUGAUGUCUCCAUGGACAGUACGAGGCCUCGUGGGCUCUUCAUGAAGGUUAUGAUGUCUCCAUGGACAGUACGAGGCCUUGUGGGCUCUUCAUAAAGGUUAUGAUGUCUCCAUGGACAGUACGAGGCCUCGUGGGCUCUUCAUGGAGGUUAUGAUGUCUCCAUGGACAGUACGAGGCCUCGUGGGCUCUUCAUGGAGGUUAUGAUGUCUCCAUGGACAGUACGAGGCCUCGUGGGCUCUUCAUGAAGGUUAUGAUGUCUCCAUGGACAGUACGAGGCCUCGUGGGCUCUUCAUGAAGGUUAUGAUGUCUCCAUGGACGAUACGAGGCCUCGUGGGCUCUUCAUGAAGGUUAUGAUGUCUCCAUGGACAGUACGAGGCCUCGUGGGCUCUUCAUGAAGGUUAUGAUGUCUCCAUGGACAGUACGAGGCCUCGUGGGCUCUUCAUGAAGGUUAUGAUGUCUCCAUGGACAGUACGAGGCCUCGUGGGCUCUUCAUAAAGGUUAUGAUGUCUCCAUGGACAGUACGAGGCCUCGUGGGCUCUUCAUAAAGGUUAUGA